CGCGGCCGGUAAAUGCCAUUCGAUUUCCAAGAUGGCUGACAGGCGGCGGCGGCGUAAGCGCGCGUCCCAAGACAGCGAAGAUGAGGAUGAGUCCGGCUCCGGUACCGGUACCGCGGGGUCCGGUUCGGCCGCGACGAAGAACAGGGUCCGGGUCCCAGAACCCGUGGCACUGCCGCCGAUAAGCGUCAGGGUCAAGGCGGACAGGGAACACGAGUCGGAGUGUGAGAGCGAAGAUGGCAUAGAAGGGGAUGUUGUCUUGUCUGAUUAUGAAAGUGCAGAAGAAAAUGGCUCUCGCUCCGAGGCCGAGGAGGAAGAGGAGGGACAGGGGGGAGGAGGAGGAGGAGGAGAAGAAGAAGAGUUCAGCCAGGAGGAGACACCCGAGCAGCCAGUGGAGAGCGAGCCGGUCUCUGGAGAGCAGGGGGGCGCAGUGGAGGAGGAGACUGAGGCAGCCCUGAGCAAGGAGGAGAAAGCACAGGAGAAGGGGAAGACGCUGGCAGGGGAGAGGCAGAGUGGAGAUGGACAGGAGAGCACAGAGACACCGGAGAGCAAGCCUGGGGAUGAACCGGGGAGCAAGCUGGACGAUGACGAGGAUCGCAAGAACCCGGCCUACAUCCCCCGCAAGGGGCUGUUCUUCGAGCACGACGUGAGGGGGGCGGCGCAGGAGGAGGACAUGCGACCGAAGGGGCGCCACAAGAAGCUGUGGAAGGACGAGGGCCGCUGGGUUCACGACAAGUUCCGCGAGGACGAGCAGGCACCCAAAUCCCGCGAGGAGCUCGUCUCCGUGUACGGCUACGAUAUCCGCCACGCGAGCGGGCCCUCCGACCUCCAACCCCAGCGCUGCCGCAAACCCAGGUACAGCGGCAGCCCCCCUCCGGGGCGGGACAAGAGGUGGCACGACGCGGAGAAGCCGAACCGUGUUCCGUGGCACUCCAGCGGCACCACCAACCACCACCCCCCACCUCCCUCACCGCAGCAGCAGCACGGCACACCCCAGUCCUCGCGGCCUUACGGGGCAGCCCGCAACUCCACAGGGGGGUCCGGACGCGUCUCCCAGCAACCGCGCACCUUCCAGAACAGCAGGACUGCCCCCAGUAACCCCUCGCCCUCCUCCAGUGCUUACAGAGAAGGACGCACGAACUUCAAGCCUGCAGAACAGCACGGUUACAGCGAACGAGAGCGCGACCGAAACUACAGCAACAACCACCGCACCCGCUCCAAAUACGAGCCCCAGUCUUCUCCUAACGUGGUGGUGGAGGAGUAUCAGGAUGAAGGGGGCGAGGGGGAGUGGGAGGGAAGAGAGACGAAGGAGUCUUAUUGUUCCAGACAGUCCCAGGAGAGGGAUUUCACAGCCCCGUCCCGGAGGAAGGAGGAGGAGGAGGAGGAGGAGGAGGGCAGCGGCGUUCACCCAGACACGGCUUUCCCAGCCAGGGAUCGGGGUGGCGCCUCCUCCCCUCUCCCUCCGUCUCCUGCCGCGGCUCCUGAAAGGACUGUGGAAAAGAAGUCGUAUUCCCGAGCCAGGAGGACCCGGAAUAAGGCUUCGGAGAUUGGGAAGCAGGCUUCGGUGGAGGAGCCCCUGCAUCCCCUGCAGCUCGGGGGGACCCUGCCGGACUCUGCUGCUCAGGUGCCCCCCCCUCAGAAGGCCCAGCUGACCCCCCCAGCCCACCCGGUGGUGAAGGCGGAGUCCUGGGAGCCCCCCCUCGAAGGGGUUGGAGGGGCGGGGGGCUCAGGGGGACUGGAGCACGAGAUGGCCUGUAUGAACCUGAGCGCACAGCAGAGCUGGGCCCCAAGCCAGCCUCCCUACAUCCCCGGAGAGAUGAGGGGCAUUCCCAAUCAGAUGCACAUGGGAGCCGCCUCUCAUCAGUACAGCAGGAUCGAUGAGAUGGGUGUGGGAGUGGGCCGAGCGAAGCGUUACUCCUCCCAGCGGCAGCGCCCAGUCCCCGAACCCGCAGCCAUGCACAUCGGCAUCAUGGAGGGACACUACUACGACCCGCUACCUUUCCAAGGACCAAUCUACACUCACAGCGAGAGCCCCGCCUCCCUCCCCCCGCAGGGCAUGAUGGUCCAGCCCGAAAUGCACCUGGCGCACCCAGGUCUGCACCCCCACCAGCCCCCCGCCCCGCUUCCGAACCCUGGUCUGUACGCCGGCCCCCCCGUCUCUAUGUCUCCAGGGCAGCCCCCCCCAGGACCGCUCCUCGCACCCGCGUACUACUCCCCCCCGGGGGUGAUGGCCUUCAGCAACACAAACUUCUCCUACCCUGCUGGAGCCACACUGCCCCCCAUGUACCCCAACCCUCAGGUGUACGGCGGGGUCACGUACUACAGCACGGUUCAGCAGCAGGCUCAGUCCAAGCCCUCCCCGCCUCGCAGGACCUCCCAGCCAGUCUCCAUCAAGCCCCCUCCCCCUGAGGUCCCGCACCUGCUCCCGGAGUAGAGCUGCCUGCCUGCUGACCUUCUCAGGGGGAUGAAAAAUGAAACGGUGAAUUAGAAGAGCAGCACCUGGACUGGGCCGGGUGCUGUCAGUACGGACCGGACCGGACCGGACCAGGAACAAUCUUUGAACACUUUAUUUUUAAUGUUUUAUUUUAAACUUGUAUUUUUUAAUUUUAAUGUCUCUCAGAAAGCCCUCCAAACCCCCCCCAAUCCCCCCCCCCCUCCUAAUCCUCCCCCCCCUCCUAAUCCCCCCCCCCCUCCUAAUCCUCCCCCCCCUCCUAAUCCUCCUCAUCCAUUCUGCUUUCCCAGAAUUGAUCACCCACUCUCAAUGCAGCCUGAUGCAAGCUGGCUAGACCAUCUAGCCCAGAUAUCAAAGCCUAGAAUACUUGCUAAAGAUUGCUGCACGGUUUUACUCCCCUGUAGUUUAGUGCCCCCCUGUGGUAAACUGAGGUAUUGCAACACACAGCACAACACCCAACACACCCUUUUUAUAUUUAAAAAAAGUGUUGUCAAAAUAAUGUGCUAAAUACCAAUAUAAAGUGACACCAAAACCUACCCAGACUAAUUUAUAUUAUUUUUUUGAAUGAAUGUUCAGUAGCCUUUUUGUUCUGUGUAUUUAAUAGCAAUGUAAAGCUAAAACUGUAAUUUCUUUUUGAAAAGAAAGAGACCAAUUUAUUGAAGACCUAAAUAAAUAAACAAUUUAAACAGUU